AUACGUAGCAGGUGUAAACACAAACGAAUCCAUGUGCUAUGCCAUUUUCUGCACUAUAAAUUUGUACUCCAAAAUCCAUAUCCCUUCAUAUCAUAUCCUCAUCAAUUCCUCAUUUUUCGAUUCUCGAUUCCCAUUCCUCACCUAAUCAAUUAAAACCCUAAUCAUCUUCAUUUUCCCCAAAUUAUUUCAUCAAUGGCGCGUCAAUUAUUCUCUCAAACCCUAACCAAUCUCUCCUGCUCUUCCUCAUCCUCAUCCUCAUCAUCAACCUCCAUUUUCAAACUUCUUACAAAUUCUCUCUCCUACCGCUCUAGAAACCUCUCUAAUAAAGCUCGUCUAAUUGAAGUCGACCUUGAUUCAUCAAACUCCGAUGGAGGAGGAGAGAUUGAAGUGAUGGGAUUGAAAAAACUUGAAGAUGCAAUUCACUGUAUUAUAGCCAGGAGACUUGCACCUGAUUGGCUUGUGUUUGUACCUGGUUCUUCUUACUGGGUCCCACCUAAGAAACCUUUUGAUAAUAGUAUUGCUGAGAUUGUUGAGAAUCUUACUAAUCCUCUGACCCCCGAAGAGUUUCUUUCUAUCUCUUCUGGUAGGGGUUGGCCUUCUUCUUCCUUUUACUGUGGAGGUUUAGUCCCAGAUAAUGUUCCUGUAAGAGUAGAGGUGCAGGUUCAGGUUCCUGAAAACUCUGGAAAGCCAUCAUUUUCUGAAGAUGAGGACUAAGAAACUGUAUCUAUAGCCACUUUGCUUUGCCAUGGCAUGCCUGUGUCUUGAGGCUUCUGCUAGUGCUGGGAUGAGAUCAUGAAGGCAGAAAUAGCCUUUUACUGUUGAUGGGUGUCGAGUUUACUGGCUUUUGUACAUAAUGUAACUUGGUAGUUUCCACAGCAAAAACGAUUUACCGUCACUUUCACUGCUGUGUUGUCCAUAUUAUCUAGCUAGGUUAGUUGUGGGAACUCAUGCUUUACUUGUGCCGAUGACUCGAGACGACAAUAAAUAUUUAUAUUUGUAUUUCGUAUUCCGUUCUGAAUAUUGAUCUAAUUAUGAGACAUUGUUAAGUUGUGAUUGAGAUUGAAUACUAGUUUGUUUUUCUUUAUUUUAGUCAAUGCAAUUGUUUUGGUCCUUUGGAUA